AUGAAUAAGCUGCUGUCGUGUGACCUGUGUACAGAGACGUUGAGGAGGCGAGUCCUGUGCUUGGUGCUGGGCAUGCUGCUCCUGUCUCUGGUCAUUGUGGCGACCGGGACGUACGCCUCCAGGGCCACAGACAGCCUAAGUACCACCGGCUGCCCCUCGGGAUUCAUUUUUGUGUUUGGAUCUGUUCUGAGCCUCCUUGGGUUAUAUCUAAGAGGGAACCGUCUACUGCUGUUCAGAGCAGCCAUUUUGUUCUUCAGCAUUGGCAUCAUAGUUUCAUCCAUCUGCCUUGUGUUGGACGGUUUCUUCAUUCUCCCAAACAUUGAUGUCCGACCUAUUAGGGCUGGAAGAUGUCAGUUUUACUCAACUGGACUCAGCUUCAUGUAUGAAAACCACUAUGCAACAGUCCCAUGUCAAGGUUUGAAGGAGUCUUGUUUAAUGGUGGUGCGCAGUGGUACCUGUUACUGUUGCGAUCUGUACGACUGUGGCAAUGGUGGAUACCUUGACAAGCACUAUGAGUUUGUAGGUGUGCAAGGUUGCACAGAAGUGUUGUUUGUGUACGGGUUCCUCUGGCUUGUCACUGGGUUGAACUUACUGGCCUUGGUCCUGGGUCUCCUCUGCUCUGCCAUGCUUGGCAACAUCAAUGCAAUGGACGGCAAUCACAGAACGGACAGUACUAGAGAGGACAUACCACUGCCGGCAGCAUUUCCAAAUGCCACGGCGCCCCCACUCCUUACACAUGUGAAUGACAGCAGUCCACUCCUGACCGCACAGCAUCCCAUUUAUCAUCAACAGAGUGCGCAAGCGCCUCAAACACUUUACCCGAGCAUCCCUUCGUACAUGACCAACAUGGGCUCGGCUGCAUUCUCUGAUGGGGCCCUGUGUGCAACACUAUACCCCGGGUGUCCCUCUUCAGUAAUCAACACUAAGAAAUUGGACAGAGGCUUGUGAUGGGACAGACACAACUAAUUGGAACUGCAGAAGCUCAAGGCCAAUAAUUGUGCAAAACACACACACACA